UCCUCUCCUCCACUGUCACACUGAGAUCAUUACUUCAGGAUUUCUCCAACUUUCCACCUUCUGUCUCAAAUGACAACAUUUCUUCAUUUUACAAUCAGAAUGUCAUCCCGCUCAGCUGCUUUGCUAUUUCUCCUUCUGCUGGCCGGGCCUAGCAGCACAUCAGCGCCAAGUCCCAGUAGAGCAAUGGCAGGGUUGGAGGGACAUGUUAGAACGGACGUUAAGGUUCGAUCUGGACUUAAGGAAAAGGUUGGGGACAGGACAAGUACAGCCGGCAGCAGUGAAACGGGUUUGGGAAAUACUCGCAUUUCUAAACCAGGAGUUGCAGCACCUGAAAGUGGUGAAGGGUGGGGAGAGUUUGGUACAACAACUAACUUCAGGUCCACACUUUCAACCAGUGAUGAUGGAUUAUGGGAGCCCCGUAGCUCUUCUCGCUGUGUACCUAUCCCGUCUGGCAUGGCUUUGUGCCAAAACAUCGGCUAUGACACCAUGAGGAUGCCCAACUUGUUGGGCCAUGAGUCUCCAGCUGAAGCGGUGCAACAGAGUGCCAGCUGGCUGCCGCUGCUUGCCAGAGAGUGCCACCCUGAUGCCCGCAUCUUCCUCUGCUCUCUCUUUGCUCCUAUCUGCCUCGACCGGUUUAUUUCACCCUGCAAAAGUUUGUGUGAAUCUGUACGAGACCGCUGUGCACCAAUCAUGAGUUGCUAUGGCUACCCCUGGCCUGAAAUUCUGAGGUGUGACCAGUAUCCUGCAGAUCAUCUCAUGUGCAUAUCUUCCAUCACCAACACCACUGCUCACACUGGGGGGCGCAGAGUGCCUCAGGCAAGCUGUCGAGAUUGCGAACUGGAGGAAGCUGCUUCUUCAAAAGAUGCGCUGGAUACCUUUUGUAGGAGUGAUUUUGGUGAGUACCAGCAUUAUUUCACUGAUGACCCCUCUUUGCAACUUUGCUUGUUUGUUAUUAUUUAACCACAGUCAACUGCUCCAUAAAUAGAUGCUAUUCAGGCAUUCUGUUCCUUUAAUGUCUUCCCAGUCGUGAAACUGCGCCUGACACGGCUCAAGUACAGUCCAAUAACUCUCUCUCAGUUCUCACUGGCUGAUAAACUGGAUGUCCUGAAG